AUGAGAACGACUACCAACUCUUGGGCAAAGGGCCUUUUCCCGGCCUCCACCACACACCAUCCCCCCUCUGUUGCAAGCAGAUAUGCAUCCACCCUCCAAACCCCCCCGCCAUCAUCAUCAUCAUCGCCACAAUCUCGACAAACCAACCAGACCCUCACAAUCCCCAAUCUCCACUCGUCCCCCGCGCCCUCCCGCACCCUCAGCGUUCGCCGAAUACGGCCCGCAAACGGGCUUCCCCCUCCUCUACUUCCACGGCUACCCUUCCUACCGCCUCGAAGCCCGCGCCCUCACCCCGCCCGCCCACCGCCUACACCUACGCGUCAUCGCCCCCGACUACCCCGGCUUCGGCCGCUCCACCUACGUACCCGGCCGCCGCAUCAUGGACUGGCCGGCCGACGUGCGGGCGCUGGUGGACCAUCUGGGUCUGGCGAGGUUUGCGGUUUUGGGGGGGUCUGGCGGUGGGCCGUGUGCGCUUGCGUGUGCGAGGGAGACGGGGGUGUGCUUGCGGGUGAUGGGAGGUUGGUGGGCGUAAGGGUGUUGGCGGGGGCGGGGCCGUGGUGGGGUGCUGCUGAUGCUGCUGAGGCUGGUAUUUCAAUGUCAAGGCGGGUGCUUGCUAAGGUAGCGAGGAGGUGGCCUGCGGGGUUGGAAGGGGUGAGUGAUUUUCUGGACAAUCGGGGUCGGUGGGUGGUGGGCACGUGGGUGGUUCAGAGGUGGUUGGAUCGGUGGCUUGAUGGCGUCGAGGGUGCUGAGGGUCGUUCGGGGGAAGUAGAGAAAGUGCAAGAGGGCAAGAAGAGCUGGAAGACUGGUCAGACAGUCAUCGCGACGACCACACCGACCAACGAUGACGACGACGAUGCCGAUGCCGAUGCCGAUUGCAGCAAACCGAGUAAUGAUAAAGAACGCCGCGAGCAAUUCCUCCAACUCAUCUUCGAACCGUUUGCCAAUGGCAGUGCGGGUUUUGUGCAGGAAACGCAGCUUCUGUCGGCUGGUGACUGGGGGUUCCGCUUUGAGGAUGUAAACUUUCACGACGUGCUGAUGUGGCAUGGGACCGCAGAUGUGAAUUCGCCCAUCAGGAUGAUCAGGUAUAUGGCGGAAAGGAUACCGCAUUGCGUUCUGAAGGAGUUUGAAGGGGUGGAUCAUUACUCGCUUCUUGUUGGGAAGGAUGGGGCGGGGAGGUUGGAGGCGAUUUUGAGGGAGCUUGUGCCGGCGGAGCUGGUUAGGGGGAUUCCUUGGAUUUCCCUGUUCUGA